AGGUCAAAGUUUACUUCAAAAUGGCUGCUCCUCUAAGAUUCGAUGGUCGCGUUGUUUUGGUUACUGGAGCCGGUGGGGGCCUGGGAAGAGAGUAUGCACUUCUAUUUGGUGAGAGGGGAGCCUCAGUUGUUGUAAAUGACCUGGGAGGUUCAAUGACUGGAGAUGGAGGAGGUACUUCAAGACCAGCAGAUGUUGUAGUGGAUCAAAUAAAGGCCAAAGGAGGCAAAGCAGUUGCCAAUUAUGACUCUGUGGAAGAUGGGGAAAAACUGGUGAAAACAGCAUUAGAUAACUUUGGUAGAAUAGACAUUGUGAUCAACAAUGCAGGUAUUCUGAGAGAUCGCUCAUUUGCAAGGACUAGUGAUUUGGAUUGGGAUUUGAUCCAUCGGGUCCACUUAAGAGGUUCCUUCAUGGUCACCAGAGCAGCUUGGCCACACAUGAAGAAACAGAAGUUUGGCAGGAUUAUAAUGACAACAUCCACUGCUGGUAUCUAUGGCAACUUUGGCCAGGCCAACUACAGUGCAGCCAAGAUGGGCCUAGUGGGACUGAGUCACACCCUAGCCAUCGAGGGCAAAAAGUACAAUAUACAAAGUAAUGCACUUGCACCUACUGCUGGCUCCCGUCUUACACAGACUGUGUGGCCUCAAGAAUUGGUUGACCAGAUUAAGCCUGAGUUUGUUGCCCCAUUGGUUGCCUGGCUGUGCCAUGACUCGUGCUCAGAGACUGGUGGAAUAUUUGAAUGCGGAGCUGGUUGGAUGUCCAAGUUGCGAUAUGAGAAGUCCAAGGGUGUUGUGGUGCGCAAAAAGAACCAGGCAUUCACACCUGAAGCAGUGAGAGAAAACUGGGAGAAGAUUGUUGAUUUUACAGAAUCCAACCAUCCUACUUCAAUAACAGAGGGCAUGACACACUUGAUGGCUGCCAUAAGUGAAGUAGAAGGAGGAGUUGAGACCAACAAUGCAAGCGCAAAUAUAAUGCCACAUACCAUUGCUGCAGACUCUGAAAUCAAUGUGCAAAAAGCCCUAGAAGCUAAAUUCCCUCCUGCCAAAUGGACAUACACGAACAAAGAGUCAAUCCUGUACAAUCUUGGAGUGGGUGUAAGCACGCAACAAGAAGAUUAUUUGAACUUCUUAUAUGAAGGAAGUGAAGAUUUCAGUGUUUUACCAACAUAUGGUGUGAUACCAUCGCUCAUGUGCGCAUUUGAUGUUUUUGGCGGAGGUAUCCCUGGAUCAGGAAUUGUGAUUGAUCCAACUAGGGUUGUCCAUGGUGAGCAGUACAUGGAGCUCUAUAAGCCUCUGCCAACAGAGGGCACUCUGACAUCACAUGUUCGUAUUGCUGACGUCUUAGACAAGGGCUCUGGCAUGUUGAUCAUUGAGGACAUUGAAACCUAUGAUGAGAAGGGAGAGUUAGUCGCCUACAAUCAGAUGGCGGCCUUUGUCGUUGGAUCAGGAGGAUUUGGUGGCAAGAAAAGCUCAAGUAAAGCCAAGCCUACAGUUAAUCCCCCCAAGAGAUCCCCAGAUGCAACCAUGUCAGAGAAAACAAGCAUUGACCAGGCAGCCCUCUACAGACUUAGUGGUGACAGGAACCCACUACAUAUUGAUCCUAGCUUUGCUGCAAUGGGUGGUUUCAAAGAGCCAAUCUUGCAUGGUCUUUGCUCAUUUGGUUAUGCUGCCAGACACGUCCUGAAAAAAUUUGCAAAUAACGAUGUCUCCAAAUUUAAAGCCAUCAAGGUGAGGUUUGCCAAGCCUGUCCUACCAGGGCAGACCCUACAGACUGACAUGUGGCAAGAGGGGACAAGGAUACACUUUAACACAAAGGUUGCAGAGACUGGUAGUGUGUGCCUAUCAGGGGCUUAUAUUGACCUCCAUAGUGUUGAUGUUAGACCUGUCUCUGCUCCAGCUGGACAAGGGUUGCUAAGUGAUGUUGUAUUUAAAGAAAUGGGAUCAAGGAUGAAGGAGCAACCCCAGGUUGCUAAGCAAGUGAACUCCAUCUUAACAUUUGUCAUCACUAAGGACAAGAAGCCAAUGAGAAGAUGGACGCUUGAUCUGAAAGGGAACAAUGAACUGUAUGAAGGUGAUCCUAAGAAGGGCAAAGCAGAUGUAACAAUUACAGUUGAUGACUCUGAUUAUGUUGAUCUUGUGACUGGUAAACUUAAUGGCCAAAAGGCCUUUAUGUCUGGCAAGUUGAAGGUCAAGGGCAACAUUAUGCUGGCAGCAAAGCUAUCCACCAUAUUUGAGGCCACAAGAAAAGAGGCUAUGGCAGAUAGCUUGUUAAGUGAGCCAAUCUUUGCAGAGAUGGCUAAACGUAUCGAGUCAAACCCAAAUUUGGUCAAGAAUGUUAAAGCAAUCUUCCAGUGGAAUAUUACAAAGGAUGGCAAAACCCAAACUUGGACGGUAGACCUAAAGAAUGGCAAUGGUGCUGCCUAUAAGGGGACACCACAAGGGGGCGCUAAAGCUGGUUGUACUCUUACCCUCAGCGAUGAUGACUUUGUUGACAUGGUAAUGGGAAAGCUUAAUGCUCAAAAGGCAUUCAUGACUGGCAAGUUGAAGAUGUCUGGUAACAUCAUGCUAGCUCAGAAACUAGAAGGAAUAUUUGCAGAUGCCAAAGCCAAACUAUAACCAAUCAAAAUGCAGUACAGUAUUAGUUAAAAUCCUGACGCCAUUCCAAAAGUAUGAGCCUAGAAGACGAUGCAUAAACUUUUCUACAAAUAUCGAUCAUGGACAGGUUUUUAUAUGCCAAAUUAUGUACACAUCUUUCAUCAGGAAUUUAAUUUCAGUUAAACGAGAAUUCGCCUUUGACCUAAUUUGGCUUGAGUCAAUUUUGGAAUUAUAUUCUCAAGAUAAAGUUUAAGUGAGUAUCCAAUGAAAAAGGUAUGACAUAUAUACUUUGCAUGCAGUAUAGAACAAUGAUGCCAAGUUGUUUCUAUUUUCCUGCAUUAUUUUACAUUUUCUACAUUUGAAGUACUUUCCCAUUGAUAGUAAAUAAUUUUGCAUUGAUAUAUAACAAUGUAAAUGUGCAAUCAAAAUAUCAUAAUUUAUCAAGUGGGCUAUUGUCAUCGUAUUUAUAUGUGAGUUGUUAUGUAAUUAAUAUAUCACUGGUAAGACAUGAGUGCCCUAUAAUUGUAAAUAAAUAGAUUUUAUACAUUGAUCAAAUGAUAUUAAUUAUUAUUUUAUUAGAUGCCCAACAUAAGACAUUUUACCAUGUAUAAAAUUGUAAUGAUGAUAUUUUGGCCAAAUUCAUUGAUUUUCAACUUUUUAUCAUUUUC